AUGCCACAUCAGGCACCAGGAAGCAGCUGUCCUUUUCCAGCUGCAAGCAGAGGUGAGAGUGAGGUGCACAAGGAGAAGGGUCAGGCUCGGCACCAGCCAACCAGCCAGCUUCUCCAGCACACAGAACCAUGGGCUCGGCACCAGCCAACCAGCCAGCUUCUCCAGCACACAGAACCACAGGCUCGGCACCAGCCAACCAGCCAGCUUCUCCAGCACACAGAACCGUGGUCAGGCUCGGCACCAGCCAACCAGCCAGCUUCUCCAGCACACAGAACCAUGGGCUCGGCACCAGCCAACCAGCCAGCUUCUCCAUCACACAGAACCACAGGCUCGGCACCAGCCAACCAGCCAGCUUCUCCAGCACAUAGAACCACAGGCUUAGCACCAGCCAACCAGCCAGCUUCUCCAGCACACAGAACCGUGGUCAGGCUCGGCACCAGCCAACCAGCCAGCUUCUCCAGCACACAGAACCGUGGUCAGGCUCGGCACCAGCCAACCAGCCAGCUUCUCCAGCACACAGAACCGUGGUCAGGCUCGGCACCAGCCAACCAGCCAGCUUCUCCAGCACACAGACUGCAGGCUCGGCACCAGCAAACCAGCCAGCUUCUUUAG